AGUUGCAUGGAAUGGUGAGAAUUACGUGACAUAAUGACAUUUAAGGACGAUUUUAUCUUGACAUAAUCAAACUUGCAUUGAUAACUGCAUUCCUUGGUCUAUAUUCUCUAUUUUGGAGGAACUGCAUAAUGAACCUGUUUCUGCUUCUUUGUUGUGCCUUAGUUGGAUACGCCUGGUGCGAGACGUGCACUACCCCCGAUUCCUGCACGACCACUCACUGUGAUGAGUUUUCUCACGUGGUGUGCAGCCAGGGGACCUGUACAUGCGAGCUUCGAGAAGGACGCUGUGACUCAAAAGCAGAUUGUGAAGCGAUGGUGAACUGGUUCUGUCCCCUUCAUCGUAGACACUGUGUUGACAACAGAUGCCGCUGUGUCAAUUUAUAGAUAUCUUAAAAGAUAUACUUAAUAAGAAAAAUAAUUCUUUUGC